ACAAAAAUUGACAGACUGUAAAUACAAACAAUAAACAAAAACACAACUUAAAAUUUCAAAUAUUUAGGUAUCAAAACAAAAGUUGUGUUUUGAGUGUUAGAAUUGAUGUUAAAUUUGUUGUACAACGUCCUUUUUUUUUAAAUAUAUAUUGAACGCAAUACAAAGCCAAAUGCAGACAAAACGGAAAUGUCUUCCGUGACUUAUACAGAUUUCAUAGAAGCAGCGAAAAAUUUUAUUGAAAUCUCAAAUAGAUGUUGUGAUGGUUGGAAAUUUAUUGAACACGAUAAAGAUAAAUGCUAUUUACGUAAAGAAACAUUUUUGAAUUAUAAAAACGGUGAUUAUGAACGUUUAUUGAAAGCUGAUUAUGUAAUAUUUUACAAGGAGAGUUAUUGUGUUCCAUCCUUUAGUUUUAAUGUUUGGAACUCGGCUGGCAUGUUGUUGUCAUUGGAUGAUAUAAGGACGAUGUCUUUGAUAAGCAUAAACAAAAAAGACUUUUACUCAGUGGUCACACAACAAGAGCAUCCAAUAUUCCAAAGACCGUACUUCAUCAUUCAUCCGUGUCACACCGAAUCAGUACUGGCUGCUUUUAAAGACAAAUCAAAAAAUAUAAUUGUGACAUUUCUAGGCUUGGUUUGUCCUUUGCUUAAUAUUAAUUUACCUCUUGAAUAUGGAAUGUGAAAACUCGAUACAAUGAAAUAAUAGUGCAGUUUCGUUAUAUUUAAAAAAAAAUUACUACUUGUACAUACAUAGUUAUUCAAAUGUUAAAAAACAUGGUUGAAAAGUAUACAUUUUGAACAUUUUUUCAUGUUACAUAAUGUGUUAACAUUUUAUGCAUUAUUAACUAGUUUUACCAACCAUACUUUUAAAAUCAGUGGUUAAACUGUUUUAUUUUACUUGCUACUGUUCAUCAAAUAUCACAUGGAGGGAAGAAAGGCUAUUCGGUUUAACGAACAUUUCGCUUAAUAUGCUACAUUUAUCUUUGUAAUUACAGGUUUGUUUUAUUUCGUACUAGCAGGCCCAGCCACAUGUUGCUGUGGCUAAGGUUUUUGUUUCUAAAGAACACGUGGCCGGCUAUGCUAAUACCAAAAAUUAUUAAAGUAAGAACAAUUGGAUUUCACUGUAUUACGUUUAUUAAGAAAUAAAUUUCACUUAAACUUUAGCCUAAGCAACUCGUGGAGUAUAAGCCAUUAAAUUGUAGCUUAUGUGAAACGUUGGUUACGCUGGUGUUUUGAACACAGCGCCAUCUAUGAGAUAUUAAUGUCAGACAGUAUUACAGUUGUUUGUAAAAACACUAAAAAUCGGUUUAAGGCGCCAUCUGCUUUAGACUUAUGAAACUUACAAUUAAUAAUAAUAAGUAAUUAAUAAACAUUGCGACCAUUAAUCGAAAUAAAAACCGUCCUAUGGCCUAAGUUGGAACAAAACACAUUUUAAAAAAAUAAUCGGUUCAGUAGUUUAGGUGUCCAUAGUGGACAAACAACGUGACACGUAAUUUAUAUAUAUUAAAAUUAGUAUCAACAAUUCCAUGUUUUUAAUUGAAAUUCAAUUAAAUUUUAUAGUUGAAGAAGUUUUUUUCCAAAUUCUAAAUGGCUCUCCUGUGAAGUUGCAAAAAUGUUGCUUAUGCAAAAACAGCCUUUCACCCCUCAACAUAACACUGUUUGUUUCUUAUCCAAUUUAGAAAUAUAUUUCCGAUCUUCCAAUAGCUUAAAAGAAUGAUGACGCUGUAUCACAGACUACUGCGAUUGUUGCCUAAUGCUAAGCACUGUAAUAUUAAAUAAUGUAAAUUUUAAAACAUAAAAAUCAAAAUAAAAAAACAAAAUGUGUGCAAUUCACACGUGGUAGAAGUGAAACCUUCCAAAAUUAAAAUACAAUUAUCCUAAACGUCUUAAGUAUAUGUAAAAUUUUGUCAUUAGUAAAUAAUUGUAAGGUAGCGCCCUCUGUGAAUCGAUAUUUUAAUUUCACGUAUAAUCCUAAAUUAAAAUUCACUAGAAGAGCUUUCAUACACACGUUAGUAUUAAAAAAUCUCACAGAUGGCGCUGUAUUAAAUAGUAUGUAUAUUUCUGUCUCAUUCUUUGCUGGCUUCAUCCUACACAUUUUUGUAUUUGUGUCUCUUACCUGUCGUUUUUUCCGUUGCAUCCGGUUUGAAAUCACAACGAUUCUAAAGAAGUUUUCACUUCAAAACUUCAUUUGCGGCUUAAUCUCGCGUUUUAUAUUAUUAUUUCCGAAAUUUCGAAUACUUUACAGUUAUCGUGGUCACGAAUGACCUAGUCUAGCAAAACUUAAAAAAAAAAAUGUUUUAGACUUUAAAUAGCAUAGUACUCAAAUGUCGACGUGUAACUCCUUAGUCGUUCUUAGAAGUAGUUUUAAUUAUGUUUACGACUUGUUAAACCCGAAGGAAAUACUAAAUAAAAAUCAGUUUAAAUGUGUACAUUUUAUUUUUUACAUAUUGCGAACAAAAUUUAUUUGGUUUUAAGUUCCUUGUACCCUCGUACCUUGUACAAUAUUUUUUAAAUAAAAGGCGUGCUUAUGUAACCUUCAAUAAAUUAUUAACAGACCA